AUGGUAGCCCAUGUUUUGCAGCAGUUUCAACAUGUGGAUGAACACACCCUCAAACAACUGCAAUUGGACCUUUACGAGUUGGGGAAAUUCGCAGCCUUUGGUUUUGAGUCCAACAUGGUGCCUUGGCCAGUUGGCAUCGCCAUUGCAAUCAGCAUGGUCCGGAAGCAAAGGAAGUGCCUAGCCAACCAGCUCGUCACGAAUCACAAGGAGAAGAAGCAGGUGGUAGUUCCUCACAGCUUGGUGGUAGCCUCACCACAAUGCAAGAUUUGGGUGCAUCUGAGCGUCCUCAUGGCCAGCAAGAACAACAGGGUGCGGGGUGGCACCAGCCACACACAUCCGAGUGUCCCGGUCAUGAAUCUUGCCCAGUUGAGUCAUGUCCUCAUCCUGCAUCCAGAGUCCAAGUUGGUCAUGUUGGUUUUGUCCAGGCGGGGUGGCCACAGCCACAAACAUCCGAGUGCGGGGUGGCCCUUGCCACAAACAUCCGAGAAGUCCAAGUCAUGUCCUGUCCAGUCGGUUGCCCGAAGUCAGUGUCUGCCAUCGGCGCAAGCUCCACCACCGACGAAUGGAGGAGUGCUGGGUUUUGAAUCCAACAAACGGCAAGAACUUCUUCCAGUGCAACCGUUGACCGGCACCACCCUCGCAGGAGCUUCUAGCCAGAAUAUUGACGAACACAACUCGAUCAACAGAGCAUGUGAAGAAGACGAAUAUGACAAGACUGCAACAGCUGCCACCGAUCAGCAAUGGCAACAGAUUUGGGCCUUUGCAUGGAUCAUCGCCAACCUCUCAGGAUGUAUGCCAACUGGAAUCCUUCCCAAGCAAGCUGAAGGUUGGCGAUACCUUUUCGCCAAACAUUUGCUUGACACUGACGAGCACCUGCAAGUGAUCAGCAGCUUAGCUCUUGGAGGUACCAAGCAUGACCCUGAACUCAGCCACAAGCUGACAGAGCUGCUCGUUGAGCAUGGGGUUUGGGCAGACAGAGCAACUGAACGAGCCACCACAAUCAUGGAAAAGAUUCCACAUGGUAGCAUCCGCAAUGCCUUGGCAGCCAAGAGACCCUGGGCAGAAUUGAAACAAGCAGCCAACCAGGUACGCCCAAUGCUGAAAUUGAUCAUGCAAGAUGAGCUUGACUUCCAAAUCGCAACCAGAGCAAGUCACAGAAACCAAUUUGGCCGAAAGCCAGUGAAAGCAGCCAAGAGACAACCAGAAUUGCCCAGGCCACCAUUGGUUGUCACUGCAUCCGAGUUGGAGGUCCCACCUGGGGUCUUUAAACAACAAGAUGGAAGCGUACUGGGGUCGCUCAGAGCUGAUCAAGUUCAACCCAAUGCAGAGGGAGUGGUGCUGGUUGACCAAGCCGAAGCAGCAGCAGUGCUCAAACUACCAAGACCGGUCACCCAAAAAGGACUGGCUGUCCUAGUCCUGGCCACCAAAGAGAAUGAGCAACAUCAUGAAGGUGAACCAAUCCGUUUUCCUGCCAUGUGUCACCAAACACAAGAACCUAUCAUCGCCUCAGGCUACCUAUACCAAUUGGGAAGCCAAUCGGUGCAGCGGAAUGAGCCAGCGGUCAAACUUGCUGUAGAUGAAAGACAAAUCGAAGCCAUCAGGUGCAUAGUGUACCAAGACCAAGCAGGUGCCUUGUGGGAUGAGAUGCAAGCCCAUCCGGUGAAGACCAUCUUUACCAAUGAGCCACUCCUGCAAGCAGACCAGCAAGGAGAAUCGCAGGUUAUCGAUGUCUGGGAUCGCCAAUGGGUCACGAAAAGGUAUGAGAAGGUGAAAGCAAAGACCGCCGACAUGUUUGUCUUCUCCUUCAGGAUGAUUGCAGACCGGGCCCCAGAACUGAUCACCAAAAGUGGCACAGGAGGAAUUUACUAUGAACCCUGCCAACACAAGAUGCUGUACUCCUUAGGCCCUUUGCCUUACAGUACCACCAAAGCAGCCAUUUCCAAGUUGCUGAAAGCCUGGCAGUGGGAAGCCCGUCCAUUGCAACCACGUGGACGCAGCCAAGAUGGGAAUGGAGUGCAGUGGACCAUCCAGGCCACAUCUGACCCAAGUCACUGGAUUUACGUUUUGCAGCAUGGGGACGUCCUCAUCAGUAAACUCCAUGAAGAAAAACAGCUUGAGCCCACUAUGCCGUACUCCAUCGUAGCAUCCAGGCGCACAAUGCAACACCUCCAAAGCACAGGAGACGUGGAUCCAUGGAUUGCCAAUGACCCAUGGAAGCAGCCGAACCGACCGAAGCAGCAGCCGACCAGCCAUCACCCACCGCCCACGUUGCCUGCAGCCGCUAUGGCAACACUGGAAAGCAAUGUCGAGAAAAGAAUCAUGUCUGCCAUCGCCCCCAAGUUGGCGCAAUGUGACCCGGACGUUCCAAUGGAAGUUGAUGCAUUUGAGUCCAGAGUCAGCAGACUGGAACAGCAGCUCAGCCAGGUUCAAGCUCACCAGUCCACCAUGGAGCAGAAGGUGUAUCAGAUUGACCAAACAGUCCAACAAGUUCAGCACUCUCAAUCGAGCGUUGAAACAAGUGUCCAUCAGAUGCAGCAUCAAUUGGACCAACAAAGCCAUCACAUCACCCAUGCCCUGGACAGGAAGAUGGCUGAACAAAUGGACAAGAUAGAGGCUUUGCUCGCCAAGCGAGGGCGGCAUGAGCUAGGGGAAGCCGCAGUGCCAGGGCCUCACAUUUUUGCAAAUGCCAACACCACUGGGUUGAUGGGAAAAAGUACGAAUCUUGCUGCACUGAGCUCCUACAGUGCCACCUUUGCGGUGCAGGAAACACACUUAACAGCACAGGGUAUUGGACGUUUCAAAAAGGAGAUCACUUGGCAAAAUACAAAGUUCAACCUGACACACGGGGUGCAAAUCCUGGAUGACCACCAGUUUCGGCUCCCGACCGAAGCUGCAAAUGCACUAGAGGACAGCAUCCUGUCCAAAGAACUAAUCGGUGAUAUUCCCACGAUUCUGGACUCUUUCGAAAACGAAUGGGCACCCAGAUGGAAGAAGCAUGACAAUGUAGCAGCAGAAGAAUGGCAGGCAGCAAGGGAUUUCUUGCAAACUGCGCUGCCCAAACGAGAAACUACCUUUCCACCCAUUACGCCAACCUUGUGGAGGAAAACGGUUAAUUCCAAGCGCAAAGGGGCAGCUGUAGGACCCGAUGGAAUCUCCAAACAAGACUUGCAGCAUAUGCCACUGUCUACAUUGGAACAACUGAUCAGCAUGAUCCAACAAGUGGAAAAAGGAAUGGCAGAUUUCUGCCUCAUGUUGGACCUGCAGAUUGACCCUGCCAAAAGUUAUGCUUGGGCCAACACACCGGCGGGCCGCAAGCUCAUCCAAGAUGCAGCGGUCAACCGCAAAUACUACAGCCGAGGGCUUGGUGGCCACAUGAACUAUACCAGGCUUUGUCAUGGAGCUGGGAAGGAGGAGAUUUGUGCUAUGACCAAGAUGGUUUACCAGUCUGGUUCCAGCGAUGUCCGCGCAGUGAACUUAGUGAAAGAGUCAUUUUGGCAUGGCAACAACAUGUACAAGGGUUGGUAG